AUUGUUAUUCGAUGGUGAACGGCGUCCCAUAUGGUCUAGCGGUUAGGAUUCCUGGUUUUCACCCAGGCGGCCCGGGUUCGACUCCCGGUAUGGGAACUACUCGUUUUGUUCGUUAAUAUCAGAGAUUGAGUGCUGUUCAUCUUCUACAAAUUAAGUGAGCUUUCUGCGAACGGUAUGUGUUCCUUUUUAGUGUAAAUGCCCACAACAAAUAUUUUUCCCAAUUUGAUCAAUGAAGUAAAAAUUAAGUGGAUACAAGAUGGUAAACUGUUCAACUCCAAACUGCCGACUUCAUGAAAAGGUUUGUGAGAAAAUUACAGUAUCUAAAACGUAAACUGUAAAUAAUGAUUUUUACACCAGUGUUUUUAGGACACAGCUGGCUGCGUCAUCACUGAUUGCCGGGUCGAACGUUACGUAUGAAGGCCGCGACUGACUGGCCGACUUUGGUUGAGGUUGAGCCGCUUUCGCCGGUGUUGGUGGUGGUAAUCGGUUUCCUCGCCAGCGCGGUGCCGAAGCUCCGGGGCUGCCCAUGAACGGCACCAUGGCCGCAUCCUCACACCGGAUAAUGCUGGGGCCGCUGGUUGCUGCCAUCGACCAGGGAACGAGCUCCACUCGGUUUCUGGUGUUUAAUUCAAAAACAGCAGAGCUCCUCAGCCAUCAUCAGGUGGAAAUCAAACAGAGCUUCCCCAAAGAAGGAUGGGUGGAGGAGGACCCCAAAGAAAUUCUGCAGUCGGUGUACGAGUGCAUGGAGCGGACGUGUGAAAAACUCACCCAGCUCAACAUAGACAUCUCAAACAUUAAAGCUAUCGGAGUGACCAACCAAAGAGAGACCACACUUGUUUGGGACAAAGAGACCGGGGAGCCCCUCUACAAUGCAAUCGUUUGGCUGGACCUGCGGACUCAAUCCACAGUUGAACGUCUAAUUAACAAAACGCCAGGAAGGAAUAAGAACCACUUGAAGCAUAAAACAGGGCUCCCCAUCAGCACUUACUUCAGCGCAGUGAAACUUCGCUGGCUGAUGGACAACGUGGACGAGGUCCACGAAGCCGUCGUGUCUCACCGCGCCAUGUUCGGCACCAUCGACUCCUGGCUCAUUUGGUGUUUGACGGGGGGCAAGUCGGGCGGAGUCCACUGCACAGAUGUGACCAACGCCAGCAGAACUAUGCUGUUUAACAUUCACACUAUGGACUGGGACCCAGAACUUUGCAAAUAUUUUGGUAUUCCCAUGGAGAUCUUGCCCAGAGUGAGGAGCUCUUCAGAAAUAUAUGGCCUAAUGAAAAUAUGUUCUAGCCGGAAAUCAGGAUCUCUUUCAGGUAUUCCCAUUUCAGGGUGUCUUGGGGAUCAGUCAGCCGCACUGGUUGGACAGAUGUGUUUUCAGGACGGGCAAGCUAAAAACACGUAUGGAACUGGCUGCUUUCUCCUGCGAAACACUGGAGCCAAGCCUGUAAUGUCUGACCACGGCCUUCUGACCACCGUGGCGUACAAACUUGGUCGGGACAAACCUGCCUGUUAUGCGCUGGAGGGCUCCGUGGCCAUCGCAGGAGCUGUGGUUCGUUGGCUGCAGGAUAACCUCGGCAUCAUCGGAUCGUCCGAAGAGCUCGAGAAGUUGGCCGCAUCAGUCGGUACAUCCUACGGUUGCUACUUUGUUCCUGCAUUUUCAGGUCUCUAUGCACCUUACUGGGAGCCUAGUGCAAGAGGGAUCAUAUGUGGUUUAACUCAGUUUACUAAUAAGAGCCACCUCGCAUUUGCUGCGCUGGAAGCCGUCUGUUUCCAAACACGAGAGAUACUGGACGCCAUGAAUCAGGACAGCGGCAUCCCGCUAACUCAGCUCCAGGUGGACGGAGGAAUGACGUCCAACAGGCUGCUGAUGCAGCUGCAGGCCGACAUUCUCUGUAUCCCCGUUGUGAAGCCGUCUAUGCCCGAGACCACAGCACUCGGUGCAGCGAUGGCAGCCGGGGCAGCGGAGGGCGUGAGCGUGUGGAGUCUGAACCCCGAGGACCUGAGUGAAGUCACAUCAGAGAAGUUUGAGCCUCAGAUCAACCCUGAAGAGAGCGAAUUUCGGUACGCACGGUGGAAGAAGGCGGUUCAAAAAUCCAUGAACUGGGAGACGACAGAGCCUGUCGGAAAUGGAAACGGUGAAACUAGUAUCUUCAGCAGCGUCCCACUGGGCUUCUACAUCAUGGGCAGCAUGUUGAUGUUAAUCGGUGCAAAAUACAUAGCAGGCCACACCUAGGCUCAGACUCCCGGAGCCAUCAAAGAUGGAAAGUGGAAACAAUCGCUCUUCACGCUGGACCACCUGUACUCUUUUGCACUGUUUUUCCAAAAGGCAUUCCAGAAGAAGGACGUUGAUGACGAAUCUUACCACUGACUGGAAAAGCAGGACAAAUUUGAACUGACUUUUCUUUAUCAUUCUCAUUGUUUUUUAAUCUAUUUUUCUUUACAGCAGACAAGAGCACAUUGUUACAUUGGACAUGAAUUUUAGCAGGAGUGCGCAUGCAGUUUUUUUUUUUGUUUGUUUUUUUUUUCACUGGUGAUACAGUAUGAACUCAGCUUAUUUAUGUAGAAACUCUGAUGACGGUAGUUCAGGUUGUUAUCUUUCCACACUGGUGUUUAAUGAAACUCACUGUCUAAUUUGCAUUACUUGUUGUAAUUCGAUAUGUCACUGUUAUCACUUGAACGUUCUUCCAACAGUCAUUAUGUGAUGUUUUGUUGCUGGUUAGGGUUAACCUCAACCCUUUUUAUAUUUUUUGCUUUGUGUCAUGGGAGCGGUGUACUAACAAGAGUCUAUAUAUAUAUAUAUAUAUAUUUAUUUAUUUUGUAACAGUUGGGAUUAAGACACAUAAAGUUUGAAAACAAGGGAAGGAAGGAAGGAACAGGGGUUAAUGAACUGACAAGUUUGCUUUUUGAUGAAAUUGACGUUCUUUUACAUACAUGAAUGUUUGUAAAAAUUCAAUGUGUAUGUUGCGUAACGGGCAAACAUGCGAUGAAGGGCAACGAUAAGCAACUGGCACACAAUUUUGGAUUUCUGUGUUCACACAAUACAUAUAGGCAUUCUAGGAGUAAACGGGCAAAUGUAAAUAGGUUUAUUUCUGUGAAUUUGACGGAAGCCAGGAAGCUAAGAACACAGUUAGGGGAUAAAAUCUUAAUCAGUUGGUUAAUGUUUAAUUUAUGUUGUAGACAAAAUGUAGGUCUGAAGCUUUUUUUUU